CUCUCUCUCUCUCUAUUAUUUCCUCCCAAGAUAUUUUUUCCCUUUUCUUUUUCUAUUUUCAUAGCGUUUGAAGCGCAUUUCUUUUGGUUUCUCCCUCUUUGAUCCUUGAUUUCAAAUGGGAAACGAGGGAGGAGGAGGAGUCCGCUCAGAGGAGAGCGUCAAUGGCGGAACCGACGUACGGGGCUGUUCUGAGCCACCUUCGUCCGCUGAUCAUCUGGUCGUCAUGGUUCACGGAAUCCUAGGAAGCACGGCUAACUGGAAAUUUGCUGCCAACCAAUUUGUGAGGACGCUGCCGGACAAAGUGAUUGUUCAUUGUAGUGAGCGCAACAUUAAUAAGCUGACAUUAGAUGGUGUUGAUGUCAUGGGUGAGCGGUUAGCAAAUGAGGUAAUUGAAGUUGUAAACAGAAUGCCAGAAGUUAAAAAAAUUUCUUUCAUUUCACACUCGGUUGGUGGAUUGGUUGCAAGAUAUGCAAUUGGGAGGCUUUACAGACCUCCAGAGGAAAAGCUUGAAUCCGACCCUCCAGGUGGAGUCUAUGAUAACGAUUCCAGAGGAACCAUACUUGGCCUGGAAGCAAUGAAUUUUAUCACUAUUGCUACUCCACAUCUUGGUUCUAGGGGAAACAAGCAGGUUCCAUUUCUCUUUGGUGUCACAGCAAUUGAAAUGGUUGCUUCUCGUGUUAUUCACUGGAUAUUUGGCAGAACAGGCAAGCAUCUUUUUCUUUGCGAUAAUGAUGGAGAACCUCCAUUAUUGCUGCGUAUGGUGGAAGAUUCUGGUGACCAUUGUUUCAUGUCUGCACUAAAAGCAUUUACACGUCGAGUUGCUUAUUCAAACGCUGUCCAUGAUAAUAUUGUGGGUUGGAGAACGUCAUCAAUAAGACGCAACUCAGAAUUACCAAAGUGGGAGGAGCCUCUAUGUGAGACCUAUCCACAUGUUGUAUAUGAAGAACUGUCAAAAGCCGUUGUAUAUGAAAAACCGUUAGAAGAAGACAUUGUCAAGAAUUCCACUCAAGUGGAUGGAAAUUGUGAUGUUGUAGAAGAAAAGCUAUUGACUAGACUCACAACUCUGUCUUGGGAAAGGGUGGAUGUUAGCUUUCACAACAGCAGACAGAGAUUUGAUGCCCAUAAUGUCAUUCAGGUGAAAGAUACCACAAUGCACUCAGAAGGUGCUGAUGUUAUACAACACAUCAUCGAUCGUUUCCUUGUUUGAGGGAGUACACGUCUACAUCCAGGCUUUCUUGUGGGCUUGCGAUUUCGGAGUAAAAAGAGUAUCCAUUCACUGUCAAUGAGCGCGAAAUGAGCUUUGAUCAGAGGCAAGCAAGCUCGGAGCUUCUAAUCUUCCUAUUAAGAAUGGGAUUGUUUUAUUCCUAAUUAAGUUUUCCAUUAUUAAAGGAAUGAUAAUGAUUUGUUCGGGGUUAUAGAAAUUGUGAGCUAGCGUAGAACUCGAGGUUACGUGAGUAUCAGUUUGGAUCAUAGCAAUUCUGGGUAUCAGUUUGGAUCAAGGUUAUGUGAGUAUCAGGAGGAUGACUGUUCUAAUUUUCAAUAAUCCUUCCUUUUAUUAUUUUUUUUGUUAUAGCAAAUUCCAAUGUUGUUAUUGAUUA